AUGGAUUAUGACUCACAGAGACAAGAAGACAACGUUUUCCCAGCGUACCUCAUGGAACGAUACCAGGAAGACUUAGCUGGUCUGGACCCUGCAUUUCUAGAGGAGGAGGAAUGGGAUCUGUACAACUCCCUCUCGGCCAUGUCCCUGUCCAGUCCCCAGGCCCAACACCGCUCCCCUCUCUGGUCCCAGGGCGGAGGCAAUGGGAGCCCCAACGACCCUAACCCUAACACCCAGGGGGUGGGUGGAGGGGUCCCCAACCCAAAUCCUUACCUGAGACCCAGGUAUGUUGAGUGGUUUUAAUGUUCACCUGCCAUGGGCAGCAGGUAGCCUAGCGGUUAGGAGCGUUGGGCCAGUAACCGAAAGGUCGCUGGUUGAAAUCCCAGAGCCCACUAGGUGAAAAAUCUGUUGAUGUGCCCUUGAGCAAGGCACUUAACCAUAAUUGCUCUAGGGUUGCCAUCAAUAAUGGCUGAUCCCUGGCUCUGACACCACUCUCAGGGGAGUGGGAUAUGCAAAAAACACAUUUCCAAUUCGCACCUGUACAUGUGUGAAAUAGAACAAAUGUAAGCAUCUAAUUAUUAUAUGAAAAUUAGCCGGUUAACUAUAUCUGGUACAAUUCAUAAAGUUUCCUGAUUUAUAUUUUAUUUGUACUGUAUAUAAUCCCAGUCAAAUGAACGUAAACAUUUUAUUUUCUUGAAAAUAUACAGGACCGGGGAGACAGUGGACCCCCUGAGAGGAGCAGUGGACCCCCUGAGAGGAGCAGCCCCCCUAGCACCCCCAGUGCCCCCUCGGGGGAGGACCACCAGUGCUGCUCUGCUGACUAAUGCUCAGAAGAGGUUCUCCUGUGACCUGACUAUACCCGCUAUCAGACUGAACCGCUCUAAUACAGCCAGAGAUAGUCAUGUGAGUAUCACUGGGUUGCCCUUGCAAAAUAGGUUUCUUAACCUUCAAGGGUCUUUAAAUAAAGGUUAAAGAAAAACUAGCACUCUGGAUGAUGGAGAUUUAGUUCACUGGAAACAAAGAUAUCUUUGUGGGGAUGGAGGAAAGAUGUUAAAGGUCCAGUGCAGCCAUUUUUAUCUCAAUAUCAAAUCAUUUCUGGGUAACAGUUAAGUACUUUACUGUGAUUGUGAUCAAUUAAAAUAGUAAAAAAUACACUAAAAUUGUUUCUUAACAAAGAGCAAUUUCUCAAGCAAGAAUUUUGCUAGGACUGUCUGGGAGUGGUCUAAGUAGGAAGGGAAAAACUGAAAACUAUCUGUUAUUGGCAGAGAGGUUUUGUAACUUUCUUUCUUAUUGGUCUAUUAAAACUCCAUCCAACCAAACAGCCUGAAAUUUCAUUUACAUUUACAUUUUAGUCAUUUAGCAGAACGCUCUUAUCCAGAGCGACUUACAGUUAGUGAGUGCAUACAUUUUUUCAUACUGGCCCCCCGUGGGAAUCGAACCCACAACCCUGGCGUUGCAAGCGCCAUGCUCUACCAACUCUACCACGUGUAGCUCAGUUUUAAUGUAUACCACUAAAUACAGUAAUAUAAAUACUGUUGAUUUCAGGCAUUCUUUUCUAACAGCUUUUACACUAAAGGGCAUUAUCAUCAUUUUCACAUUUUCACAGUAUUAUUCCAAACUCAUGGUGUAGAAAUAUAUAUAAAACACAGGAAAAUCACGUUUUUGACUGCACUGGGCCUUUAAAAAUAAGUGGUAUUUGAGUCAAUGCGGUUUAAUUAUGUUUUUGUCGUGGGUUCGAUUCCUGCUGGGGUCACAUACAAAAAAUGUAUGGCCUCACUGUACUGUAAGUCGCUUUGGACAAAUGCUUUGGAUAAAUGCUUUGGAUAAAUGCAUUGGAUAAAAGCUUCUACUAAGAUGGAUAUACAGUAUUAUAUAUUUUUAGCUGGAUACCUGGAACAUCAAACUGAUAGACACUCCACAAGGCAGCACCAAACAACUGGCUUCUCUCUGCAUGUUGACGUCCAAGUAAGAAAAGUCACGUCCCUUUAAGAUGUUUGAAUAUCAUUCCAAUGAACUGAGUCAUUUUAACAUUCAAGAUAAGACGAACCAAGGAACGUCUUGCGUUGCCACACUUCAAGUUUCUUGAGGAAAGCCAGAAAUGAUCCAUAGCGUUGCACUUUCAUUAAAACAAAUAUAUACAUUCUAAAGGCCUCUCCCUCUCUCUCUCUCUCUCUCUCUCUGUCAGACUGUUGUCUAGGUAUCCCCACACUGACCAGGUGUCUAACUCAGGGGUGGUGUGGGGGCGUGUGUCACCUAUUCACCCCUCCCUACUGCAGGAAGCUGAGAUCACCAUCAAUGUGUCUACUCCCUGGGUCCCCCACCAAUUACCCAUUCCCACCAUGUGUAAGUAAGACACACAGUCGACACAUAUGUGUACUGCUGUAACAUGUGGUAGCUAAGCUACAAUCACAUGGCCACAUAUUAUGGCAACUUCAUUUCUGCUCACAUUUAGCGAUCAAAUAGUCUAAAAGGAUAUGUGCGACGCAAUGGCUUUAUCACAGACGUAUUGCUGUAUUUUUCAGCGUGUGUUAUGGUAAAAUGUCUUUAGAAAAAGGGAGAUAGGUUUGAAUCUCCAUAUGGAUUUUUUUGGGGGGGACUGUGUCUAGAGUUGUUCUCUGUCCUCCAGUGAACAAGACUGUCCAGACCCUGAUAGGUGAGAUCUUGCUGCUCCUGGAACAGACUAACCCAAUAGACAGUGGACACUACCUCCUGAAGUUGUGUGAUUCUGAGGAGUACCUCAGGAAGUAA